AUGCUAGUGUGUGUCACUGAUUAUUUGAUUUUGAGUUUUGGUGCCGUAGAAGCUUUCUUAAAGGAUAAUAAACUUAUUUUAUUUUAUUACUUUUUUUUUAAUCGAUUUGUAAUAAUUUACAUUGGGGUAAUAAUAGCGUUUUUUGUUGUUUUUUUAGUUGUGAUUUUUAUGAAGUUAAUAUUUUCUGUUGACAGAAGAUUCAAUUCAUUUUACAGUAGACUAAAAAAAUUGAGGGAUGAUUUUAAAAAAAAUGAUCAUCAUUAA